AUGAAUGAAAUAUAUGGCGAUAAAUUAAAAGCACUUAUAAACGUGAAAGAUACUUAUUCAUAUUAUCGAGACACUUGUGAUAAAGUAUGUGAUUAUUAUAAUGUAGAAUAUUCAAAAAUGGUAAAAAGUGUAGAAACACUUAGAAACCAUCCAAAUGUGUUUGCGUGGUAUGUAGACGACGAAACAGCAUUGUGUGGAAUCGAUGAAAUGACCAAUUUGACAAUGACAAUAAGAGAAAAGGACAUCAACCAUCCUUGUUAUUCGGUGUAUUGGCAAUACUUGGACACCACCAAAUAUCUACCAACUUUCGACGCUUAUGGACUUGACUUAUAUCCAAUCAACAUAUCUGCUAUAAUUGAUGUUUACACACAUCAAAAAGUCAUUUAUGACGAAGGUUUUGGCACACGAUCAACGUGGCCAGUUAUACAAGCGAUGAAUUAUGAGGCGUACUAUUUUCAAGACCCAGUUAAAUUCAAGGGAAAAUAUGUCAGAGCACCAACUCAACAAGAAAUGCGAGUGAUGACGUGGCUUGGAUUUAUUGGAGGCGCCAAAGGUGUUUUUUAUUACUCAUUUUUUGAUUUGGUCUUCAUGAAUGACAAAGGCGAUCCUUUUGAAGAAAAAUGGAAAGAUGUUGUUAAAGUAACAGACGAAGUGUUUGCAUUGAAAGAUGUAAUAUUGUCUAUUGAGGAAGCAGGGAAAUACAGUGUUAUUGUUGAUGACGAAUUAGUUGUGUUUUUAAAGAAAAGACUUGAUAAAUAUGACUAUCUUAUCAUCGCAAAUGGAGACGAAAAACAAACGAGAAAAAUAAGUGUGGAACUUCUCACUGACGAGUACGAAAUAAUAAUGGGAAACGGGAUUUGUGAUAAAACAGAUCAUCAAUUAAAUAUUAAAAUAAACCCCAUUGAUGUUUAUAUCAUAAAAAUAAAAUCAAAAAGUGAAAUACAAAAAGACGAGGGAUACUAUAUUAUUAUACUCUGUGGUAUUUUAAUGUUGGCAAUAAUUAUUUUAUCUUUUAUUGAAUUUUAA